AUGGCAACAGUAUCGUUACCUGUGUAUGAUUUUUAUUGGGCUUGUCGAAGUGGCAAUGUCGAUAAAGUUCGAAACUAUUUGAAAAUAAUGACAAUUGAUGAUAUGAACCGAGUAGAGAAGAAUGGAUCAACUGCACUUCACGCUGCCUCCUGUUACGGACAUAUCGAGAUCAUCAAAUUAAUUUUAGAAAACUCAAACAUAGUGAGAAGUAUCAAAAAUAAAUAUGGAUUAACUCCAUAUGAUGAAGCCAAAACAAAUGAAAUAAAACGUUUAUUUCAUCGUCAAGAUGGCUCGAAUAGAUUCAUCGGUGGAACAGAAGGCGCAACAAUUGAAUGGAUGAAAUGUGAUGAUGAAACUGAGAAUGUCGCCUUUCGGAAACGCCAAUGCCUUAAUACUCAAGGAGAUGAUUCAAGAAUUGAUGAUCGUGUGCGUCAAAUAUGGAGUAAAUAUUUGGAGGCGAAUGAUUUUGAUAAAAAGGAAUUGAUUCGAUAUUUUUAUAAUAAAGCUCUACAAGAUGAAGACGCUACCUAUUUGAUUAAAGCCUAUACCGCUGAGACUAACUACUACAAAAUAAUCAAUAAAUACUUAACCAUAGAGCAUGAGAAGAAUGAUGAUGGUAACAAAUUUGCACAAUGGCAUAUUCUUGCAAUAAUGACAUUUCAUCCAUCUCUCGGUCAGUUUUCAUUCGUUGGUGAGACAUACCGUGGCAUGAGAAUAACAGAAGAAGAUUUGAAUGAAUAUUCAGUUGGUACUCGAUUGAUGAAUAAAGCAUUUUUGUCAACAUCGAAAGAUCGACAAGUUGCUGAGGCGUUCGCCGAUUCAUGCGGAGUCAAUGACGGACGAGUAACUGUGAUCUGUAUUUAUGAAAUUUGUCUGACACAAGCGGCUCUUGACAUUGAAACAAUAUCAGAAUAUCAGAACGAGCGAGAGGUACUCAUUUUUCCGUUUCGUUUUUUCCACGUAAUUGAUAUUCGUCACAACAUAAAUGUCAUCGAAAUUAAACUCAAAGAAUGUAUAUACAACUACUAUCCAUAA